AUGGAGUGGGGGGCUCCGUUGGUCCUGCUGCUGGCCGCAGCUUGGCAUGGUCAGGGGGCCCCUGUCAUCGAGCCCGGUGGCCCAGACCUGGUUGUAGAGCCGGGUACAACGGUGACACUGAAAUGUGUGGGCAAUGGCAGUGUGGAAUGGGACGUCCCCAUCUCCCCCCACUGGACCCUGGACCCUGAAUCUCCCGGAAGCAUCCUGACCAUAAGAAACGCCACCUUCAAAAACACUGGGACCUAUCGUUGUACUGAGCUUGAAGAUUCCCUGCGGGGCAGCGCCACCAUCUACUUGUACGUCAAAGAUCCACUCCGGCCCUGGAAUUUGCUCGCAGAGAAGGUGACGGUGUUCGAGGGCCAGGAAGCUGUGUUGCCUUGCCUAAUCACAGACCCCAAACUGGAGCCCGGGGUCUCACUGGUGCGUGCGAGGGGCAAGCGGGUCCGACCGGCCUACUCCUUCUCACCACAGCGAGGCUUCAUUAUCCGCAAGGUUAAGUUCAUUGACAGCGGUGACUAUCAAUGCAAAGCUGUGGUGGAUGGUGGGGAAUCCCUCUCCAUUGGCAUCCGUCUUGAAGUGCACGAAGUUCUCCCAGGGCCCCCAAAUGUGACACUGAAGCCUACUGAGCUGGUGCGGAUUCGUGGGGAGGCCGCCCAGAUUGUGUGCUCUGCCACUAACAAGAACCCUGAAUUCCAUCUUUUCCUCAAACGUGGAGACACCGAGCUCGAAGUCCCUAUAAACAGCGACUUCCAAAAUGACUGUUAUAAAAAAGUCCGGACCCUCAACCUCCCUGCCGUGGACUUCCAAGAUGCUGGCAAAUAUUCCUGUGUGGCCAGCAAUCGUUUCGGCACACACUGGGAGUCCAUGAACUUCCAGGUGGUGGAAAGCGCCUACUUAAACUUGACCUCUGAGCAGAGCCUCUCGCAGGAGGUGAGUGUGGGUGAGAGCCUCACCCUCACAGUCAAUGUAGACGCCUACCCUAGCCUACAGAGUUAUAACUGGACCUACCUAGGGCCAUGGUUUGAAGACCAGCACCAGCUUGACUUUAACAUCCAAAAGACCACCACAUACAGGUACACCUCGGAGCUCAUCCUGAACCGUGUAAAGCCCCUGGAGGCUGGCCAGUACUCCUUCAUGGCACAGAACAAGGCAGGCUGGAACAAUGUGACCUUUGACCUCACCCUGCGAUAUCUCCCAGAGGUCAGUGUUACGCGGAUGCCUGUGAAUGGCUCUGAUGUCCUGUUCUGCUAUGCCUCAGGGUACCCUCAGCCCAAUGUGACAUGGAUGCAGUGCAGGGGCCACACCAACAGGUGUGACGAAGGCCAGGCCUUGCAGGUUUGGAAGGAUGCCCACUCUGAAGUCCUGAGUCAGGAGCCCUUCCACAAAGUGACCAUACAGAGCCAGCUGCCCAUUGGGACCUUGAAGCCCAACACAACUUACAUUUGCAGGGCCCACAACGAAGUGGGGAACAGCUCCGAGGCCCACCAGGCCUUCUCUCUAGGAUCCAGGCAGCUCCCUGAUGAGUCCCUGUUCACGCCGGUGGUGGUGGCCUGUAUGUCUGUCAUGUCUGUGCUGCUGUUACUGCUGCUGCUGCUCUUGUACAAAUACAAGCAGAAACCCAAGUACCAGGUGCGCUGGAAGAUCAUUGAGAGCUACGAGGGCAACAACUACACCUUCAUCGACCCCACCCAGCUGCCCUACAAUGAGAAGUGGGAGUUCCCCCGGAACAACCUGCAGUUCGGUAAGACUCUCGGCGCUGGUGCCUUUGGGAAGGUGGUGGAGGCCACGGCCUUUGGUCUGGGCAAAGAAGAUGCCGUGCUGAAGGUGGCCGUGAAGAUGCUGAAGUCCACGGCUCACGCGGACGAGAAGGAGGCCCUCAUGUCAGAACUGAAGAUCAUGAGUCACCUGGGACAGCACGAGAAUAUAGUCAACCUCUUGGGAGCCUGCACUCAUGGAGGGCCGGUCCUGGUCAUCACUGAAUACUGCUGUUAUGGGGACCUACUCAACUUCCUGCGAAGGAAAGCGGAAGCCAUGCUGGGACCCAGCCUGAGUCCUGGUCAGGAUCCCGAGGGGGACUCCAGCUACAAGAACAUCCACCUGGAGAAGAAAUAUGUGCGCAGGGACAGUGGCUUCUCCAGUCAGGGUGUAGACACCUAUGUGGAGAUGAGGCCUGUCUCUACUUCCUCAAAUGAUGCCUUCUUUGAGCAAGAUCUGGACAAAGAGGCCAGCCGGCCACUGGAGCUCUGGGACCUGCUCCACUUCUCCAGCCAAGUGGCUCAGGGCAUGGCUUUCCUUGCUUCUAAAAAUUGCAUCCACCGGGAUGUUGCAGCUCGAAAUGUGCUGUUGACCAGCGGACACGUGGCCAAGAUUGGGGACUUUGGGCUGGCUAGGGACAUCAUGAACGACUCCAACUAUGUUGUCAAGGGCAAUGCCCGCCUGCCCGUAAAGUGGAUGGCCCCAGAGAGCAUCUUCGAUUGCGUCUACACAGUUCAGAGUGAUGUGUGGUCCUACGGAAUCCUCCUCUGGGAGAUUUUCUCCCUUGGUCUGAAUCCCUACCCAGGCAUCCUGGUGAACAGCAAGUUCUACAAACUGGUGAAGGACGGAUACCAGAUGGCCCAGCCUGUAUUUGCGCCAAAGAACAUAUACAGCAUCAUGCAGUCUUGCUGGGACCUGGAGCCUACCAAAAGACCUACCUUCCAGCAGAUCUGCUUCCUCCUUCAGAAGCAGGCCCGACAGGACAGGAAAGAACAGGACUACGCUAACCUGCCAAGCAGCAGCAGCAGUGACAGUGACGGUGGUGGCAGCAGUGGUGGCGGCAGCGAGCCAGAGGAGGAGAGCUCCAGUGAGCACCUGGCCUGCUGCGAGCCAGGGGACAUCGCCCAGCCCCUGCUGCAGCCCAACAAUUACCAGUUCUGCUAAAGUGGGACAGUGGAGCGCUGCUGCCCCCACUUCCCAGCUCCGCCUCCUCCAUGGACGGCUGACAUGGGGAGAGCAUAUGAACUGUAUCCUCAGCUUGGCCCAGCUCGGAAACUUCAGAACAUGACGGGUCUGGGGAGGUCAGAGGCCCCAUUCCCAGAGCCCGGGCCAUCACUGCCAAUGGGGUUUGCACAGUGCUAGCCUGUAUUUACUGUGCACCCCUAGUCACUUUCUUUACCCCGUUCCCACGUGAAGGAACCUCUGUUCCUAACUCUUGUGUUUCAAUGGAAAGACUGACUUUGUGUCUCAGAAAGACAGGGCUCCCAAGGCCGGAAGGAAGCAGAGGGCUUGCCCCCCUGCCAUGCUCACAGAUGGCAGGCUUCUUGGGGCAGGCUCCGUCCUGAGAAGCUCUCAGGACUGGGCUCCACUCUUCACCCCACAGUCCCAUCUCAUCCUGGAUCUCGUACUGCUAGAAUGAGCCAAUGGCAGCUAAAAGUGAGGGGUGUUCUAUCUAGUGCCCUGCCAUUCUAGGCUGGAAGGCAUGGGGCCUUGGUGCAAGGCUAGCCACACCCAGCAACACUGCAUGCUCCUCUCCAAGCAAUUUGUCCUCAUUAACAGUCGACAUUAAACUAACAGCAUUAACACAGCCA